GCCGUUGUUCUGUUCAUGUUCCGAAGUGUGCCCCUGCAAGCAGUGUUCAGCACAUUCGAGCCAGAGAUCCCGAAGCCUGCGCUGGAUGGCCAGGUGCUGAAGCUUCUACCUGAGAAGCACCUGAGGAACCUCUUUACCUACAGUGGCAUCUGGCUCUUCCCAAAAAAUCAGUGUGACUGUGAUUCCGGCCAGCUGAAAAGAAAAUACAAUUUUCAGGGUGCCUAUAACCAGAGCGACCUCCCAGCUGUGAAUGCCAGGAGACAGGCGGAAUUUGAACACUUUCAGAGGAGAAAAGGGCUGCCCCGCCCACCGCCUCUGCUGGCGCCACCCAAUCUCCCCUUUGGAUACCCAGUGCAUGGAGUGGAGGUGAUGCCCCUGCACACAGUUCUCAUCCCAGGCCUCCAGUAUGAAGGGCCAGAAGCCUCGGUCUAUGAGGUCACCCUGAGAGCUUCUCUGGGGACACUAAACACCCUUGCCGACGUCCCAAACAGUGUGGUACAGGGCAGAGGCCAGAAGCGGCUGACCAUUUCCACCGGUGACCGGACACUCCUGAAAUUCAUCCUUCAGCAUGUGACGUACACCAGCACGGUGUACCAGCUCCGCAAGGUGGACAUGGUGAGUUUGGAGUCCAAGUCCUCAGUGGCCAGGUUUCCAGUGACCAUCAACCAACCUAAUGUACCCAAGUUGUAUGACCCUGGACCAGAGAGGAAGCUCAGGAACCUGGUGACCAUUGCCACCAAGACUUUCCUCCGUCCCCACAAGCUUAUGAUCCUGCUGCAGAGUAUUCGAAAAUAUUACCCGGAUUUAACUGUGAUUGUGGCUGAUGACAGCAAGGUGCCCCUGAAAAUUAAAGAUGACUACGUGGAGUAUUACUCCAUGCCCUUCGGGAAGGGCUGGUUUGCUGGUAGGAACCUGGCCAUCUCACAGGUGACGACUAAGUAUGUCCUCUGGGUGGAUGACGACUUUCUCUUCGACAACAAGACCAAGAUUGAGGUCCUGGUGGAUGUCCUGGAGAAAACGGAACUGGACGUGGUGGGCGGCAGCGUGCAGGGAAAUUCAUUCCAGUUCAGGCUGUUGUUGGAACAGAGUGAGAACGGGGACUGUCUUCACCAGAGGCAGGGACAUUUCCAGGCCCUUGAUGGCUUCCCCAAAUGCGUGGUGACCAGCGGCGUUGUAAACUUCUUCUUGGCUCACACAGAACAACUCCGAAGAGUUGGUUUUGAUCCCCGCCUGCAACGAGUGGCUCACUCAGAGUUCUUCAUUGAUGGGCUGGGGAGCCUGUUGGUGGGCUCGUGCCCAGAGGUGACUGUACAGCAUCAAUCACGGUCACCGGACAAGGAUCCAGAGAUGGCCGCCAUGGAGAAGUCUUACAGCACAUACCGGGCCAACACCAACGCUCAGGUCCAAUUCAAGCUAGCUCUCCACUACUUCAAGAACCAUCUUCAGUGUUCCACUUAA